GGGAGGGAGGGAGGCCAGCGAGCGAGGAGAGAGGGAGAGAGCAGAGUUGGGAGAUUUGCUUCGUGCACCCAAUCUCCCUCAACCUCUACCUCUCCCUCUCCCCGGAGAUUCUUCUCUCUCUCAUCCGAUGGACCAGCUGGUGAAUUUCAUCAUCCGCCCGCCCAGAGCUGACUACAGUCCAGACGAUGAUCUACUGGAGCAGGAGUUUAUGCUCAAGGGAAGAUGGUUUCAGAGGAAGGACCUGGAGGUAGUAAAUAGCCAGGGCAAGAAGUUGCAGUGUAGCCACUACAUACCUGCUGUGAUUCCUGAAGGAACAGCACUUCCUUGUGUUAUAUACUGUCAUGGAAACAGUGGAUGCAGAGCUGAUGCUAGUGAAGCCGCCAUUAUUCUUCUACCAUCAAAUAUUACAGUCUUUACACUGGACUUUUCAGGGUCUGGUCUCUCUGAAGGAGAGCAUGUCACCUUGGGCUGGAAUGAAAAAGAAGAUCUGAAAGCUGUUGUUAAUUAUUUGCGGACAGAUGGGAACAUAUCUUGCAUUGCUCUGUGGGGUCGCUCAAUGGGUGCGGUCACAAGUCUAAUGUAUGGAGCGGAGGAUCCAUCAAUUGCUGGAAUGGUUCUUGAUAGUCCAUUCUCAAACCUUGUUGACUUGAUGAUGGAACUAGUUGAUACCUACAAAUACCCCUUGCCAAAAUUCACGGUAAAACUUGCAAUACAGCACAUGCGGAAGAUUGUCAAGAAAAAAGCCGGCUUUGACAUCAUGGAUCUUGAUACCAUUCAGGUAGCAAAGCGAUGUUUUGUUCCUGCUUUGUUUGGACAUGCAACCGAGGAUGAUUUUAUACUCCCGCAUCAUUCAGACAAAAUUUGUGAAGCAUAUGUUGGAGACAAAAACAUUAUAAAAUUUGAUGGGGACCACAAUUCACCCCGACCACAAUUUUACUUUGACUCGAUCACAAUAUUUUUUCAUAAUGUGCUGAACCCACCUGAUGUCCCUGACGAUCAUUAUUUCCUGACACCACAUGGCAGCCUUGGUCAGGGUCACUGGGAUACAGAACAUGAUAUAGAGUAUAGAAUUGCUCAAUCACCAACAGCCCCUUCAACUACGACAGAAGAUGCCAUUGCACAGUUGCGUUCUAGAAGGCUCAUGAGCAGAAUGGAGGUCCCAUCUGGAACCGCCACAGAAGGCAGGGCCGACAGAACUGAGGUAUUGGAUAGUGGCCCCUUCUCAUCUAGUGCAUCUACUGCGACUCCUCCGAAUGGCCGUAAUGGAAGGAUGCUCACUCCAACCUCUGAUGAUGGCGAGUAUGUGGAGUAUUCAUUUGAUAGCGUAUCAGAUAUGCCUUACACUGAGGAAGAUGAAGAUAGAAUGCUGAUGCAAGCAAUUCUCGAGUCCCUGAAGGAUUUAGACAAGUCAAAUACAAAGAACACUCAAUCAGCUGUAUCUGAUGUUGCUUCCAAAGAAAAUAGUGUAGCACCUGAUGUAGUGGCAUUGGAGACAGAUGCAUCCUCCAUCUCUGUGCGUGGUGCUGAUGCUCCUGGUAAGGAUGUAGCAGCCUGUAACAGUGUAACAAAGACGUCUAGUGUGCAAAGUGCAGAUCGCUGCACUGUAAAUGAUGCUGUUUCUGCUAAUGUUUCUGGCGCAUCAGAAUCCAACGGCUCAACUCAGGUCAUCAAUGGAAAAUCUGGCUCGGCAGAAUCCCAGAAACCCAUCCAGAACCCCAAUGGAGAGGAUGGCACAAGAGCAACACUUGUAGUCCAGAAGAGCCGGACUGGCAGCCUGAUUGAUGGAUUGACACAAAAAUGGGGUUCCUUCUUCAAGAACAAUGACUGAGGCAAGCGAGGUAUACAGUGACAUGCCGUUGACGAUACACGUUUGCGUGUUAAUAUAGCCCAUAGGUUGCCGCUGGCUUGAUUGGUUAGCCUGUAAAAUGGAAAAAGUAAAGGCAAUAUUGUAUGACCCGUUUUAGUGUGUUGGUGGUGUAUAUAUAGAACUAGAAAAAGGUAGGAUUCCAUUGAUUGUAUAUCAUGUCUCAACACUUAGCGUUGUGAAUUGGUAGGUGCGUGUUUGCUGGGAAAAUAAAAAUAUGCUGUUAAUGUAA